UUGGGGUGGGCACGUCAUCCCUGUGACCUCUUCUCCCUCCAAAUACUUGUUGCCGUUGCGUACGAGGCUUGUGAAGUUCUGAGGCCUUACCUUCAAUGGCGGAAAUCCCAGCGGAGGGCUCCCAUCCCGAUCUCUUUCUCGACGCGCUAGAUGAUCCUCUCCCCUCUGUCCGGAACGAAGUAACUGACAAUGGAGUCGGUUCACCAGGUCCCGCGGAUAAGUUCUUUGAUUCGCGCCCGGACCCGUCUUACCGCCCGUCUCCCCGGAAUCUCAGGCGCAGAUUUCCGUCCCGACGGAUAGAAUUUCAUAGAUCAUACAGCGGAGAUGGAUCCGAUGCUUCGAAUGUCGAAGAGACGGGAGGGAUUGUCGGUGAUGGUGGUAAAGUUAUUCGGAACCUCCGAAUUUCUGAACCCUCUUCAUCUCGAGUGGAUUCUUCUGCUGUCACGGGCCUUUCUGAGGGUCCUUUAGUUUCUGUGGUCCCGGCAUCAGAUGGAGAUGUUUUUAGGACGAGGAAGGAGUCUGGCUGUGGCAAUGGCGGUCAGGAUAAUGAACUCCAUGAACUAUCUGUGGUCUGCUCGGGUAGCAAGGAUUGGUCGGAGGAUGGUAAUGGAGAUGAUGGCGGAAAGCCUGAAGCUUCACCUUUAAAGAUCGAGAGUUCAGAGAUUUUGAAGGACUCGGGUUUCAGCGAAACCGUUGGCAGCCAUGGUAUUUCUCCGGUUUCUUCUUCGGUUACGGAACAGAUUGAGGACAGUGGGGGUAGGAAUUCCUCGGCACUGGGUAAGAAUGUAGAGGAACCAGUUUCUGAAUCACAUGUAAAUGCUGAUUAUACAAAUCGAUUGGCUUUGGUGGAAUGCUCCGGUGAAGAGUUGAGCGGCUCUUCUUUAGAUGUUGCCCAUGGAUUGACUCCUAAUAUCCUGAUUUCUAUAGCGGGCUUUGUUAUUAAAGUGAUUGGCUUUCAAAUAAAUCUACUUGUGAUGUUUCUGGUCUUUCCUAUUAGGUCGUCUUAUUAUCUGUACAAGCUCGUCACGGAUCCUUUUGGAACCGUUGACCAAAUUAAAGAGCGUGGAGUCAAUGUUCUUGGGCAGGUUAGCAAUUACGUGUGGGAGAGGAUAGGUGCCAAUUUUAUUGAUCAGACAACGAUAAGAAAAUUGGCAAAGAUGUUUGGCUGGGGAUUUUUAUGGUCCUCCUAUGUUGGAUUUGUACUCUUCAGCUUCUUCAUAUUGUCGUUCAUCUUGAGUAGUGUAUUGAUGGGAAACUUCUUAGAGAAACCUAUUAGAAUGACAAAACCAUUGAGUUUCGACUAUACUGUGAGUGAUCCGGAAGCUCUUGUGCCUAUAAAUGCCGUUGAAGGGAUAGAUUACAUGCAGUACUGUAAAGGAAAUGUUAAAGCUGAGAAGAGUGAAGGCCGUCGUUUCAUACCACCUUAUCACAAGUUACAACUUACUAUCUCAUUGACCCUGCCAGAAUCCGAAUACAAUCGAAAACUUGGAGUCUUCCAGGUUACAGUGGAUUUUCUGUCUGCAAAUGGUAAAGUACUUGCAAGUUCAGGUCAUCCAUGCAUGCUCCACUUUAAAAGUGAUAAAAUCCUACUUGUGGGAACCCUCCUAAAAGGUGUUCCUCUUCUUGCUGGUUACUCUUCUGAAUCCCAAACAAUUAAGGUCAGAAUGACGGGCUUUGUUGAAGGUAUUGAGCCAUCUACUUGUUUGAAAGUGACGCUUAAGCACCGUGCAGAAUGCAGACCAGGUGAAGGCAUUCCAGAGAUAUAUUCUGCAUUAAUCUUACUUGAGUCUGAACUUCCGCUGCUUAAAAGGAUCUUGUGGAGCUGGAGAAGGACGAUAUUUAUUUGGGUUGCUGCAGGAUUUUUUGUCAUGGAACUGUUACUAAUUCUGAUCUGCUGUGGACAUAUUAUUUUUCCCCGUCCAACGACUACACAUGAUGCUAUCAAUCUAAGGGAGGAUUCAUUCCAAUCAAUUGACAUGUUAUAACAUGAUAUUGCUUUUAACUUCAAAUAUUCUGGUCCAAAGGCAAGUUCGGAUGUGGCACACGCUAUAUGUUGAUGCUGGUGAUGACCUUGGGUUAUGUAUGUCGUUAAUGAUAACUUGUUUUAUGCAGGUUUAUAUUUUGAAUAUUGAAGGCUAACUGAGUGGGAGAAGUUUAUUGGCAUCCUUGCCACUUUGCAGUUGGGCAAGUUCGUACAUGAUGCUGUACAGUUGUAGUAGGAGUGGACAUGCUCGACCCUAAAAGCUGGAUCUGCUGUUAUUUCAUGAAAAAUUAAGACAAGACAUUGUUGCAUAUGCUUGUAAUAUGCAAUAGACUAUAGGACAUCCACUGUGCAACAAAGGUAUCUUGGCAGUAUGAUGAUCUCUCUUCUAUAGAGUAGCUUCAUUUUUCCUCAAUAAACUAUUGAAGAUCAAUUUGUUGACAACACAGUUCUUUAUCUGGGGAGGAGUUGCCACGGGAAUGAAACAUUCAACUGGUUAUAUUCUACUCCAGCGAGCUCAUCCGUCAUUGUACAGUUCUUGUAGUGGCAUCGCCGUUGCAUUAUGUGACACCAUUGGGAUGCCAGGUUACCAGCUCUCCAUUGGUUCAAAUUUUCAUGGCAAUUUGCAUCUGCAAUGCAGUUUAUGGAUAUUCCUUUUUCUGCUAAAACGGUGUCAGAAUUACUGUAUCUAGCAUAAAUUUGUUCCUGUGCUGAUUAUUCAUCAUGGUGGAAACAUGUUUUGAAAUUCAACUGGAAGGAGAAUGAAAAUAGAAGGGGAAUGAAAAUAAAAGAAAGAAGCAUUUUUUUUUUAACAAA